CUAAUUUUUAUAUGGUUUUUACAUUCAAUUGAAAGUCAAAUCUCUCUUAACCAACUGAGAUUUGUAACUAAACCGGGAUAUCACACCUAAUUAGUUUUCCCGGUUUGAUAUUUUGUUUUGUACACGUAGGCGUGUGAUUACUCCGUCACACUUUACACAUGUGUAAUUCCCCUAAUUUAUCGGGUUUCUUUAGGCGCGUGAGAUAAUGCGCGUGUGUCUACGCUAUUCUUGCGACGCUGUGCUUCCUAGGGUUUCGUCGUUGCAAACACAGUCAAUGUUCAUGAACCACGGAUCCUAAUCUCCCCGAUCUUCGAUUCAUUGUUUCAGAAAUCCCCAAUUACUGUCUCUGUGCGUAAAAUCUCUAGAGAAACCUUAAAAUUUUCCGUUCAGAGAAAUUGUCAACGAAGGUAAUGGCGUCUGGUCCUAUAGCUGGUGGUGGAGUUUCGAAGACGAAGCAUAAAUGGAGUGAUAGUGGCAACAAAAGCCAAAAACGAUCCAAGCCCACGGUGGCGAAUUCGAAUUCGCUUGGGUUGGAAGAUAAUCAUCAGAUGAUGAAGAUAAGUUUAAGCUCAAUUUCCAAGCUUGAAGUUAGGAACUUGAAGCGGAAACUACAAGCUGAGCUUGAGGAAGUUAGGAGCUUGAUCAAACGGCUCGAACCACAAGGUAACAACUUCGCUCCCGUGCCGAACAAGAAGCUGAAAACAGCAAACGGUGGUAAGAAAGGUGGAGUACAUGGAGCUGCUGCUGAUAAAGGUACUGUUCAGAUUUUGAAGAGCUGCAACAAUUUGCUUACCAAGUUAAUGAAGCAUAAGUCUGGAUGGAUUUUCAAUACUCCAGUUGAUGUAGUUACGCUUGGUUUACAUGAUUAUCACAAUAUUAUUAAGGAGCCUAUGGAUUUAGGAACAGUGAAGACUAGGUUGAGUAAGAGUUUGUAUAAGUCACCUUUGGAGUUUGCUGAGGAUGUCAGACUUACUUUUAACAAUGCAAUGCUGUAUAAUCCUGUGGGGCAUGAUGUGUAUCAUAUGGCUGAGAUUUUGUUGAAUCUGUUUGAAGAGAAAUGGGUGCCUCUUGAAACGCAGUAUGAGUUACUUAUUAGGAAGCAACAACCAGUCCGUGAUAUCGAUUUCCAUGCUCCUGUUUCGACAAACACUCAUAAUGUAGAGGCGUUACCGUUACCCGCUCCUACACCUUCCCUGUCUCCUCCUCCUCCUCCUAAAGUAGUUGAAAAUAGGACUUUGGAGAGAGCUGAAUCUAUGACAAACCCAGUGAAACCUGCAGUUUUACCUGUUGUCCCCGAGAAGCUUGUAGAAGAGGCGUCUGCAAACAGGGACUUGACGUUUGAUGAGAAGCGGCAACUAAGUGAAGACCUCCAGGAUUUACCUUAUGACAAGCUAGAGGCAGUUGUGCAGAUUAUAAAGAAGAGAACUCCAGAACUCUCUCAACAAGAUGAUGAGAUUGAGUUAGAUAUUGAUAGUCUUGAUCUGGAAACACUUUGGGAGCUUUUCAGAUUCGUGACUGAAUAUAAGGAGAGCUUAAGCAAGAAAAAGGAGGAACAGGGAUUAGACUCAGAAAGAGAUGCUGAAUCUUUUCACAAUAGUGUGCACGAAUCGAACACGCUAGUAACUGGCCUUGAAUCGUCAAAAGUUACUGAAUUAGGUCAUGUGGCAUCUACUGUUCGACAAGAAGUAAAUGUUGGAGGAUCAAGUAGUUCUAACAGUUCUAGUAGUGGCUCAGGCUCGGGUUCUAGUGGCUCUGACAGUGAUAGCUCAGGACAUGAAUCUGAUACCGGUAAUUAACCACGAUUGUGAAAGUAUUUAGCAUAGGUGGGAGCCAUCGUGGUGUCAACUUCCAACUUUUUUUUUUUUUUUUGCAUCUCUUAAAAUAGCAAAGCUAGGUUACCUUCUUUUCCACCAUCGGAUUGUUUCUGUAUUACUGUAUUAGGGUUCUUGUUAAUUGUAUAGAAAAGUGGACAUAAGUCUUUUGUUUCGGGCUUGUGUCAUCAAUUGAACAGGCUUGUUCUGUACUUCUUAGUUGGUUUUUUUUUGUUUGGUCUUACGUUCAAAUUUGUGCAUUGAUUUUCGACCAGUCUUGCUGGGCCAGAUCGGAGAAUAGUUUGACCUCAAAACCCAAGCGAGACCUUUAUUGGCAAA